UGCUGGUGGAUUUCACAAUGUGCAACUUUGUACGGAAAAUCUGCUUGCAACACUUGUACAGUGGGAUCUGCUGGUUACAGCAAGGAUGGGAAGCCAAGUGCACGAUGAUUCUCCAAAUGGGGGUCACUUGGGAAGAGUGUUGUGGCAAUGGAAAUACGGACAUGGCCUGGUCAAAUUACUCACACCCGGACAACAAGAUCGGCCUUCUUAGGAUCUUGGGCCUUGUGAGCUGCCACCCUUGCAAAGAGUCCUGCGAAGGGGUGGACUGUGGAGCAGGCAAGGUUUGCAAAAUGAAGCAUGGACGCCCGCAGUGCGUCUGUGCUCCCGAUUGCUCCAACCUUCCCAGGAAGCUUCAAGUGUGCGGCUCCAACGGUUUCACCUACCAAGAUGAAUGUGAGCUUCUCAUGGCCAAAUGCAAAGGGCAGCCUGACGUGGAGGUCAUGUAUCAAGGACAAUGCAAAAAAUCUUGCUCCAGCGUGGUCUGCCCCGGAACCCACACCUGUGUGGUGGACCAGACCGGGAGUGCCCACUGUGUGAUGUGUCGCGUUGAACCCUGUCCAGAUCCCACCAACCUAGACCACACAAUCUGUGGGAAUAACAAUGUGACCUACCCUUCUACCUGCCACCUACGGCGAGCCACCUGCUACUUCGGUCAAUCCAUAGGGAUCCGGCAUUAUGGAAGGUGUACAUCUCUGAAUAAAAACGCCUUGGACACAGAUGAUGCUGAAGAGAACUACAUCUGAAAAUCUAUUUUGGGGUGAUUUCUCCAAUUCCUAACGUUCAGGGGCAUUAUCUGUAAUAAUGUGCAGACUGUACAUUAUAUACCUGGUAUUUAUUAAAACCAAAAGGGAAAAAAAUAUUAUUUAUAUAAAUAGAAAUCGAUGUAACCUAGUCAUAUACGCAAUUCGAUUCUUGAGUCAUAGUUUGUACCAAGGGUAUCAGGAAAGAAGGUCAAAAGAGUCAAGAUGGU